AUGGCCGCCCAUGGGUCCGACGCCGCCGCCGCCGACACGUACGAGUACGAGGAGCAGCAGGAGCGCGAAACGAUGAUGCGCAUCUCGUUCCUGCCCAUGAAGCGCUGGUAUCUCUCUUCGCCGGACGUGGCCGCCAAGUUUGGCUCGUUCCCCGUCUUUUGGCAAGACCUCAAGAGCUGGGCACCGUACCGCGACGUGAACCGCCUCUACUUGCGCGCUACGGACGGCUCCUCGAAAGGUGAUGAUGCUGCUCCCGCGGCGCCGGCGGUUGCUAAUGAAGCUGAUGGAAAGGUCAAGACGCGUAAGAGCCGAUGGGGCGACGCCGACCCCACGCCUGCAGAGACGCCUGCAGAGACGCCGGCGCCCAAGCGGCGCAGCCGCUGGGACCCGAUUGAGGGCGAAAACGAAGCGCCCAAGAAGAAGAGCCGGUGGGCGCCCGCGGGCGCGGCCGGCGCCGACCCGUCGACGUACCUCACCACCGAGGAGCAGCAGUCGAUCGUGCUGCGCGCCAAGCUCGACGACCUCGCGCGCAAGAUGGCCACCGUCGCGUACGACGCGGCGAUCAUCGAGAAGGACCCGAGUCGGUCGCCGUCGCCGCCGCCGCAGUACGACUCGAACGGGAAGCGCCUCAACACGCGCGAGAUGCGAAUGCGCGCCAUGUACGAGCGCGACCGCAUGCGCGUGAUGGACCAGCUCGUGAAAGUUAACCCGCUCUUCAAGCCGCCGCCCGAGUACCUCAAGAUGAAGCUCCAGCGCAAGCUCCCGAUCCCGUACAAGGAGUACCCGACGUACAACUUUAUGGGGCUCAUCAUUGGCCCGCGCGGCCACACGCAGAAGCGCAUGGAGAAAGAGUACAACUGCCGCAUCGCGAUCCGCGGCCGGGGUAGCGGCAAGGAAGGCCGGAAGAGCUACCACAACGACGAGAACGAAGACCUCCAUGUGUUCAUCACGGGCGACAAGGAAGAGGACGUCGAGCGCGCGGCCGUCGCGAUCGCGGCGCUGCUCGUGCCCGUCGACGACAUGACCAACGACCACAAGCAGCGCCAGCUCCGCGAGCUCGCUCGGAUCCAAGGCACGCUCCGCGACGACGACUACUGCUUGGCGUGCGGCGAGCAAGGCCACCGGCAGUUUGAGUGCCCGAACCGAGACAAGUCCUUCAAGGCCGUCAACGUCAAGUGCUCGAUCUGCGGCGACACGUCGCAUCCGACGAGCGAUUGUACGAUGAAGGAGACGGACAAGGCCGUGUACGACGCUGAGUUUUCCAACUUUAUGGAGCAGCUCGGCGAGAACGGCAACAUCAUCUCGCACAACACGAUCAAGAUCGUGCCCGACAAGUCGGCGCCGAUUCCCGCGGCGAUGCAGGCGGCAGCCAACGCCAAUGCGCCCGUGGGCAGCUCGGCCGAGAACGCGUACCCGGUGCCGUCGGCGGCGCCAGCCUACCCCGCGUCGUACGGCGCAGCCUACACGUGGGACGCGCAGCAGCAGUGGCAGCAGUACUAUGCGAGCUACUACGCGGCCGGCUGGUCGUACCACAACGGCGUCUGGUACGACAGUACGGGCGCGGCCCAGACAGCCUACAAGACGCCGACGCUGAGCGCCAAGACGGACGCGGCCAAGAAGGAGUAG